AUGGAAUUGAAGCGCAAUAAUAUACGACCAUUCACACUGGAAGAUUUUCUAGUCAUGAGUAGCGGUGCCAAUUUGAAUGGAGAUUUUGUGCUUCCGCAUUCCGUUGGUGCGGAGUACAAUUUCCCUGCCACGCAGCAUCACUAUACAACACAAAUAUCUCAGCAGCAGCACCCACAGCAAAACCAUCCCUACGCCGUUCCUGCACGAGUCCCCAAUCCGCCUGCUGCUAAUUGGUACGGUGGAUCACAACCUUCUUUGGACAGUCAAACGCACCACCUGGUGGGCAUGAAUAUGGAUCGAGGGGUGAACAUCAUGCCGGGCCUGUAUCGGUCAGUGGAGUUACCCAAUGCCCGAAUUCCCGGGCCCAGUACAAGCUCACAGUAUCCGAACUCUCGGUUGGCAAACCAUCGAGCCCGAUUGAGACGCUCCAACACAGUCGGUUCAUCCGAGAUAGGACAGCAUUUACCAAUGGCAAUGGCCAAAACCUCCAUGGCGCCGUACCACCCCGGUCCGGGGGCAUCACGCCCCGGAUUCAGUUUGGAUCCCAUUUCCUACCUGCUUGGCCAACCACCUGUCACCGGGACACUGGACAGCGGACCGAUUGGGACUGGCGCGCUGACUGGACCAUCUCCAACCGAACGCGUUCUACGUCGACUGGCUCAGAUGAAUGCCAGCGCCAGUCUGGAUCGAAACGGUACAGUUGGAGCCGGUUCCACGGGGGUGAUGUUAGGACAAUCGAAUCGAUUCGACUGGUCACGUGGUAUACGACCCAAUCUCUCGAUGCUAGGACAACAACAACAACAACAGUCGGACGGUAAUUUGAGUGACGCAGUCAAAGGUAGUAGACGCUCGCGGCUCAGACGUGAGGUGACCAUGGACGCGACAUCUGGUAAUCUGUUGCAGAGCAGAGAGUCAAUGUCACAUCCCCAUCUAGGUCCUUAUCCCCCCGAAUCGUCGUCCCUCACUCAAUCCUCUCCGUUCGCACUCAUGCGGAAUCAACAAGAUGCUGCGGGACAUCGGAUAUCCGAUGGGCAGGAUGUCGUACCAUCGGAACUGUGCUUCUCCAGUGAACAGUUCCAAGAGCAGUCACGGUUCAUAUUGUUCUAUCUGCUUCGAGAUAUGCGUUACUCGACUCCCAGUCUUUUCAUCACCAUGCUUAUCCCGGAAGAAUCUGUAGAGCUCAUCUCUGUGUGCUAA